AUGCCACUUUCACGCAACCCAUCGACUGGUCCUGCGACAGAAUCAGCAGGUCCCAAAAGACAUGCUGCCUGUGAUGAAUGCAGGCAGCGAAAGUUAAAAUGUUCUGGCGAAGCUGAUGGCUGCAGCCGGUGUGUCAGGCAAAACCUGUAUUGCCACUAUUCAAUCCAAAAACCAAUGGGGCGUCCGCCAAAGUCUCGCGUACGCCGGGACGAGGAGCUUACAGCAGCAGCAGCAGCAACAACUCCACCACAAUUUUAUUCCGGAAUAGAGCAAUCGCCGCCGUUUUCACUCCCGGACCCAUCUCAUCUAUUAUCUGGAGCCGCUCUGCAUGCUCCAACCUACAGUUCCUACACGAUAUCAGCGGGACAAUUUGUCACUACCGGCCCGAUGUACGGGGAACACGGCCACGCGCAUACCUCCGGUCAAAUGUCAGCCUCUCUUUAUCCAACAUUACCAGCUUACCCGCAGACAUCUGGUGCGGGGAUGCUCUCUCCGCCUUUAUCAACGACUUUCUCACCGGCUCCGAAUCUUAUGCAAUCACCCGACGCAUUUCGGCAACAUCAGCCUCUAGCGCCAUGCUCAUGCGUAUCUUACAUGUAUCUUUGCCUCAACUCCCUUUCCACGCUUUCUUCUUUCCCACCUUCAUCUCAGACCCUCUUCACCCUCUAUUCUGCAGCGCGAAACGCCAGGUCCGUUAUAUACUGCGAAAUAUGCCCUCAGUCCUUCAGCAGUAGCGUGCAAAACCUCAUGGUACUCGGGAGCCUGCUCAACGUUCUCGGAGACACUUGGCUGAAAGUCUCGCAAAUGGACGCGGAGCAGUUGGGGAGAGACGUCAUCUCCCCAUCUUUCAUUGCCUCUCUAUCGUCAGACCCCAACGAACGGAAGCGAAAGUGGAAGAGGUGGUUGAACCAUGUCAUUAGACAUGCGAUAAUUGGCAGCGCUGUGACUCCCAUGGUUGAUGCGGUUCAAAGCGAGAGCCUGGAGGGUCCGAAUCUGCUUUCUCUGAUUGAAGAGCUGGAGGACCGGCAACGGUGGUGGCAUUCCCAACCCAGACCUGACCAUCUUGAGUUUCACAUGGGGGGGAUCAGACAGCCUCACAACUGUCCUCCAGGGGAAUCCGCUCAAGCGCAUGAUACAGAACAUCUAUGUACCCGGAUAGCAAGUAAUGCUAGGCGGGUGAUAGAUCGAUUUGCUUUCGACGAUGAGGAGAUGAUGGGAUAG